GUCGGAGGGACAGAGUUCUCCCCAGGAAUCGUGAACAUCUCCCCGGACAGUCCACUCAGCCUUCCCGCCAUUGUGGGGAUUGCCGUGGCAGGCGGGCUGCUCAUCAUCUUCAUUGUGGCCGUGCUCAUUGCUUACAAGCGCAAAUCGCGGGAAAGCGACCUCACACUCAAACGUCUCCAGAUGCAAAUGGACAACCUGGAGUCCCGAGUAGCCUUGGAGUGCAAAGAAGCUUUUGCUGAACUACAGACUGACAUCCAUGAGCUGACCAGUGACCUAGAUGGAGCAGGGAUCCCAUUUCUGGAUUACCGGACGUACACCAUGCGGGUCCUCUUCCCGGGCAUUGAAGACCAUCCUGUGCUGAGAGAUCUGGAGGUCCCUGGGUAUCGGCAGGAGCGGGUGGAGAAGGGCCUGAAGUUCUUUGCCCAGCUCAUCAACAACAAAGUCUUCCUCCUGUCCUUCAUCCGCACUCUGGAGUUCCAGCGCAGCUUCUCCAUGCGAGACCGGGGCAACGUGGCGUCCCUCAUCAUGACGGUGCUGCAGAGCAAGCUGGAGUAUGCCACCGACGUCCUCAAGCAGCUCCUGGCCGACCUCAUAGACAAAAACCUAGAGAGCAAAAAUCAUCCCAAGUUGCUACUUCGGAGGACGGAAUCUGUUGCUGAAAAGAUGCUCACCAACUGGUUCACCUUUUUGCUCUACAAAUUCCUCAAGGAAUGUGCUGGUGAGCCCCUGUUUUCCCUGUUCUGUGCCAUCAAGCAGCAGAUGGAGAAGGGGCCGAUUGAUGCCAUCACUGGAGAAGCCCGCUACUCUCUAAGCGAGGACAAGCUCAUCAGGCAGCAGAUUGACUACAAGACCCUGGUCCUGAGCUGUGUCAACCCCGAUAAUGUGAACAGCCCUGAGAUUCCAGUGAAGCUCUUGAACUGUGACACCAUCACGCAGGUCAAGGAAAAGAUUCUUGACGCCAUCUUCAAGAACGUGCCUUGUUCUCAUCGGCCCAAAGCUGCUGACAUGGAUCUAGAAUGGCGGCAGGCGAGCGGGGCCAGGAUGAUCUUACAGGACGAGGAUCUUACCACCAAGAUCGAGAAUGACUGGAAGAGACUCAACACCCUCGGCCAUUAUCAGGUGCAAGAUGGAUCUGUGGUGGCCCUGGUGUCCAAGCAAGUCACCGCUUACAACGCAGUGAAUAAUUCCACUGUUUCUAGGACAUCUGCCAGCAAGUAUGAAAACAUGAUCCGCUACACUGGCAGCCCAGACAGCUUGCGCUCCCGGGCGCCCAUGAUAACACCUGACCUGGAGAGCGGGGUGAAGAUGUGGCAUCUGGUCAAGAACCAUGAACAUGGAGAUCAGAAAGAGGGUGACCGAGGGAGCAAGAUGGUGUCAGAGAUAUAUCUGACCCGGCUGCUAGCUACCAAGGGCACUUUGCAGAAAUUUGUUGAUGACCUCUUCGAGACCAUCUUCAGCACAGCGCAUCGAGGCAGCGCCCUGCCCCUGGCCAUCAAGUACAUGUUUGAUUUCUUGGACGAGCAGGCGGACAAGCACAACAUCCAUGACCCUCACGUGCGGCACACUUGGAAAAGCAACUGUUUGCCGCUAAGGUUUUGGGUCAACAUGAUCAAAAACCCACAGUUUGUCUUCGACAUCCACAAGAACAGCAUCACGGAUGCCUGCCUGUCGGUGGUAGCGCAAACCUUCAUGGACUCCUGUUCAACCUCAGAGCACCGUUUGGGCAAAGAUUCCCCAUCAAAUAAGCUGCUUUACGCCAAGGAUAUUCCCAGCUAUAAGAACUGGGUAGAAAGGUACUACUCAGACAUUGCCAAGAUGCCAGCGAUCAGUGACCAGGACAUGAACGCUUACCUGGCUGAGCAGUCCCGCAUGCACAUGAAUGAGUUCAACACCAUGAGCGCGCUCUCUGAGAUUUAUUCCUACGUGGGCAAAUACAGCGAAGAGAUCCUCGGGGCCCUCGAUCAAGACGACCAGGCUGGCAAGCAGAAACUGGCCUACAAACUUGAACAAGUUAUAACCCUCAUGAGCAUAGACAGCUGAGAACUGCCCAACCAGGGGACUCCCUGGGAGGGAUUUGGAAACGAAACGAAACCAAGCCGUGCCUCAGUCAAGAACAUCCUCUUUACCAAGUGCAAGUUUCUGAUUGGCUGUCGAGCGGAGUCACCUGGACGAGCUCUCGGCUCGCCCUUACAACUCGCCGGCCACACCUUAUGGACGCCAAGCAACCUGAGGGACAUCUCCGCGGAGGGAAUCCUAAAGAUGGGGGGGCCCUUUCUGGUGGAGCUCCUUUGGCUCUCGGACUCCCCGUCUGCCUUCACCAAAAGCAUCCCGUCAUAUCAUCCGUUGACCGACAGAGGCAGCCCUCCUGGUUCGCCUCGAUCAUGCUGCUUUAACCGUGCUCCUGGAGCUCAGAGCCCCAGAGCAGAAACAAACUCAGUGUUAUUUAGAAGCUGCACCAAGGCAGGACCGGCUCCUUUGCCUCCAGGGAUUCUAAAAGGGUGGGAACGAACUCGGCUCUUCUUCCUACCCAGGAGUGCUGCUUGUCCUCAGUCCUCAUCCAACGGGAGAGGACCGCGUGGCUUCUGCCCCAAAGGGGCCCCCUUGCCCUGUGAAUGAACAGUGCUGUCAGCUGUUCUCCUGGCCUCGUGUGGAGAAGGAGGGGAUGAUGGAAGGAAGACCACCCUUUCCCCCUCCCAUCCCAUGUUUUCACCUAACGCCUUUCUAGCGUGCCAUUGCCAUCUUCAGUCUGUGUCCAGUGACUGUAUCAGCGAAAAAGGACCCCAGAUUCAAGCACGUACCUUUCUUCACUUACAGCCACACCUGAGUUCCUCUUAUGGUCCCUUUGGGAACACAGUUUAGAUUCUUUUAGAAACAAGGGGUGUGCGUUUAUCCGCUCUUAAACACAUCACGGCUGUACCUUGGGUGAUGAAGCAAACUGUUAACUAGAUGGGAACGGAAAGGGUUUUCAUUUGUAAGGGUUCUAAUUUCCACCACCUCUCUGGCUCGCUUGGGUAAAUGGCAGAGCACAAAAUCUAGAAGUCUUUCAUCCGGACUAGGGGUAUGCCGUUUCUUGUGUAGUGGUCCAUUUCCCCACAGAGCCCCUCGUGCUCGCCCCCCCCUUAGUACCCCCAACGCAAACACUCUGUGGCAGCUGAGGAGGUUUUAGCAUGCCGAAGGGCGUCAGAGGGUCCUCCCGCACCACAGAGUGCUGUGGGGUGGUGGAGUGUGGCAUCUCACAGGGUUCUGCUGCAGGAAGAGUGAGUGGAAGUUACGGGGAAAGUGGCACUUUUCAGCAGCUGUGGUGGCAGUUCAGACAGUGUGGCAUCAGCUGAUUUGGACAGGGCCCAGACAAGCACAAAAAAGAGGGGGCUCAAUGUGGUCUGCAGGCUGUCGGGCACCAACCCCUGAUCUAGAUGUAGGGGAGACUAAGCCCCCACAUGAGAGCCAGCUUGAUAGAGAACAAACUGGAGGGAACCGACCAAAAGAAAUCUGCUUCCUAGCCUCACUUUCCCAACUGGAAAAGCAACCAUGCUAAAAUAUAAUUGGAAAUAGAGGUUUAUUGCUUAAUCGGCAGCAGCAUCUUAGAACUACAGGGCUGGAAAGGGCCCCAUGGAUCAUAAGGGAAUCGAACACCCAACCUCUAGCUCCACAGUUAGAGACCUAAACCACUGAGCUAUCCAGCAGUUUGCUGGAUUAACAGGAGCAAGCCGGUGCUGUGCACUUCCUCCUAAAAUGGAAACUGGGGUCAGAAUAAUUUGGCAUAUCCAUUUUUUUCCUGGGGUCUCAACAUACGAACGUUUCGACUUACGAAC